UGUCAAUUUCCCCACCUCUUCUCUCCCCUCAGAAAUGUUGUUUUACUCUGUCUUAAAGAGACAGAGAAAAACAACGCUCAAUUUCAUUAUUGUAUUUCAUGUUCUUGUUUUCAUGUCUGGUAGUAAUGUCCAGGGCAAGUGCAGAACUGGUUGUGACCUUGCCUUAGCUUCAUACUACUUCGGAGAUACCUACGACAAGGUUGCUCAGACGGUUUAUACUAACCUCACCACCGAGAAUUGGGUGCAUAGGUUCAAUAUUUAUGAUGACACCAGGAUUCUGGACUAUUCUCCGAUCAAUGUGACGGUGAAGUGCUCGUGCGGGGAUAGAAGGGUGUCGAAAGAUUAUGGGUUGUUCACGACUUACCCUCUCCGGCAAGGGGACAACUUGUCGACCGUUGCGGCAGAGGCUGGGGUAUCGAUGGAGAUACUGAUCAGCUCUAAGUUUCUCGCCAUGGUGGUCUCGGCAGUUAGCAGGCGAGUCGGCGACCACACGGCAACGGUGGCCAUUGAUGCUUACAUGGUUGUCCACAGCU